CAGGAUCACACUGAUAGACUUCCAUGUCAAACUUUAUUCGAGACAAUCACACAAUUUCAACCAAACCAUGCAUAGUAAAGAUCAAAUCUGCCAUGAGGACUACCAGAGAACAGCAGACUGGCUUCUGUCCCAGACACAACACAGACCUGAAGUAGCCAUCAUCUGCGGCUCUGGGCUGGGCAUGCUGGCUGACACAAUCAAGUGCCAAGACUCUUUCAAAUACUCUGAAAUCCCCGGCUUUCCACAAAGCACAGUGAAGGGUCAUGCUGGAAGGCUGGUUUUCGGUGAGCUUAAAGGGAAGACUUGUGUUUGUAUGCAGGGCCGAUUCCACAUGUAUGAAGGACAUUCGCUCUGCAAGGUCACUUUUCCAAUAAGAGUGUUCAAGCUUCUUGGUGUCGACACCUUGAUUGUCACUAAUGCAGCUGGAUCUUUAGCAGAAAGUUAUAGCUGUGGUGAUAUUAUGAUCAUCCGAGACCAUAUUAACUUUCCUGGACUCUCUGGACUGAAUCCACUCAACGGCCCUAAUGAUGAUAAGUUUGGUCCUCGAUUUCCUCCUAUGUCUGGGGUCUAUGACAAAACCCUGCGGAAGAUGGCGUUUGACAUAUGUAAGAGCAUGGGCGUCUCCCAAUAUGUCAGAGAGGGCGUGUACUGCAUGGUGGGAGGGCCUAACUUUGAGAGCAUAGCUGAAGCCCGCCUUUUGCACAGACUGGGAGUGGAUGCAGUUGGUAUGAGUACUGCACCAGAAGUGCUGGUUGCCAGUCACUGUGGCAUGAGAGUCUUUGGUCUGUCUCUCAUUACUAAUAAAGUAGUGAAAAGCUAUGAGGACAAUGAGACUGUCAACCAUGAAGCUGUGCUGGAGGUGAGCAAAAUGCGCUCAGAGAUGCUGCAGGCACUCGUCACAGAGCUCGUCAGUCACAUGGACAUCAACAACAACACUGCGUGAUGACAUCAGCACUGUAACUGUCAAUCAAAACCUCAUUCAGACAAAUCUGCAGCUGCCAUGAUUUCUUUAUCAAUUGGUCAUUCUUGUACAUGUAACUAUAGAACAUCUAUGUCAGUAAGACAUUUUCUUUGAAAUUUUUUCAGUAACUUAUUACUGAUUAUGAUACUGUUUUGUUUGUUGUGAUCUUGGAAAUGAUUCUGUUCAAUGGUGCCAUAGUAACAAAUGCUAAAACACUGGGCCAAAAAUUUACUAUUCAAUAUACUGCUUUAUUCAGUAAGAAUGUAUCUUUUUGUACAGUACAGGUUUUAUGCAUGUAAAUGUAUAUUCAUAAUAAGAGCCUGAUGUGGGAUAUUAUGCUUUAAAAUGUUUUUAAUUUUUCAUUCAUCGUUCAAAUUAAUAUAAUUCUUUGUGUUAAUAUUUUGAUGACAAAGUAUGAUAUUUAUAUAAUUCCUUUAUGCUAUUUAUGAUACUGUCUUAUAUGUUUCAGUUUGCAGUGUACAAAGCCACUGAAUCAAGAACUUUUUGUAUAACCUGCUCACUUCUACAAGAUCAACACAUAAUCUGAACU